AUGGAGAAGGAGAAGCAGAAAGAAUGGAUAUCAUCAAAUUCAAAGGUGUGUAAAAGGUGUAAACAGAGCUACGACCCAAAUUCCAACACUUCAACCUCUUGCCGCUUCCACACUUCUUUCUUCGUUUGCCGCCGUCACGACGAUCAAAAGAGGUACUAUGAGUUGGGCCCGGAUGACCCACCUUAUGCUGCAAAGUUCUAUGACUGUUGUGGGGCUGAAGACCCUGAAGCUUCUGGCUGCACAACCAGUUUUCAUGUCUCUUAUGACGAAGACUGA